GUUGAGCAUUAGUACUCUGAUCUGCUUCAGGUGCUGAGGUAACAUCUUGUGGAGAUCUCCUCGAAGUUCACUGAUCCCUGGCCUCCUGUGCAGAGAAAAGAAGGCUUUAAAAAGAUGUAUCUACUACAGCCAAGAACCCAAGCCCUCAGGAACAGCGUUGUACUGUGUGAUGCUGCACAGCACACGAUCAGACAAAACAAACAGCUGUUAAACAGCUGUGGGCAGCUGUUGCUCAGGAGGGUACAGGCGGUCGUCCACUAACCAGAGGGCCGGUGGUUCAAUGCCUGGUUCCUCCAUUCCUUGUGUUGAAGUGUCCUUGUCAAGACACUGAACCCCAAGCCAGCAGUGUGUGAGUAAUGUUUGACAGAGAAAGUGCUGCACAUAGAUGCACUGUGUGAAUGGGGUAAUUGGCCAAACUGUUCUGUAGAGCGAUUUGAUUUAUUACUAUUUGAUAGAAUGGUUCUAAUAUAAACUAAUAAAGCCAGAAGUGCCAGCCAGCAGUGUGAUAAUGUGAGGUUACAGGGUAUCACUCUGUGGGACCAUAAACACAGAACUUUUUCAUCAGCAACUUUCUGUGCUAUGUGGGGCUAUUUAAUGGAAAACCCUACCUAAAGCAAUGAUAAAGCUGACUUUAUUUCUUAGAAAAUGUACUUCUAGACUGUAUUAUUUACAUAUUUACAUGCACUGUAUUAUGCACAGUAGGCUUUAUUGAUAUGAAUGGAAUGUGUAUGUGAUAAGGUAAUGGAAACGACAUGCCCCAGAGUAACAGUUCCAAUAGUCCAUCACUCAGGCUAUAAAAAUCACUGCAGUAUGGCCUCGUGCUCCACUUGAGGCAGUUGUUGGUUGAACUGCAGCAGAGUGGUGAGUACUCAUUCCACUUUCAGUGAUUACUUUUUCUUGUGAAGGAAACAUGUUGCAUUAGGUUUUAUUUUAAGAGGUCUUCUAAUGGCCAAGAUACAAGAUGAAGUGUUCUGUUAUUAGAUGAAAAUUAGAUUUAUUGUCUAAAUCAGCCUCUGUUGUUGUUUCUGUGUUCUCAUUGGAAGGUUGGUGUGUGCAAUGAGUGGUGGUUGCAUAAGUGACCAUACAUUCGAUCAAAUGUAUGGACAAAGGUGAAAAUCCUCAAACCAAUUUUGUCUGAGUAUCCUCGUGGAACAGCUUUGUCUCACUUAUUGUCUUAGUCAGUGAGGUGUCUUAGCUGCUAAUCCCCAAACAACCCACUGUUAUCAGCUGCUUUAACAAUAAACUCCAAGACUGGAAAAAACUAAAAACUAAACCAAUACAGAAUACCUGCACUACAAGUAUAAGACAGGGUCAGAUCACUUAUGUUAUUAUUAUUAGUUAAUAGUCAGUUACCGAAUUUAACAAUAUGGUCAUUUUAGUAAUUAGUGACAUGGUCCACUGGAUUUUAAAAUAGUGUACUCCAAUUUGGAUUAUAUUGCACCUCAUACUCAAAAAUGGACUGUGCCAUAAUUAUUCUUUUUUUUUUGUCUUGAAACAUUAUAUGCAGCAUUUUUGCAUCAGCCAAUGAAGUAGCCAUCACUACCCUUAUCUCGCAUAUGAGUCUUGGGGUACAAGGUUGAGACGAGUUAAAGUAAAAAAACAAAACAAAACUAAAAAAUAAACUCAAGUUAAAGCCAUGCCACAUCCAUUCUACACUGUUCUCUGCUUUUUUCUAAAGUAGAGGUGAAGGCAAUGUUGUCAGGAUUGGAGGCUCUUUCUAUGGACUCUUUUUUCAGCCAACACAAAGUAGAAUACUUGUUUACCAAACUCCAGAUGUCAGACACACUUUUAUAUCCUUAGUUAUUGUGAGUUUAAAUACUUAUGUUUGCUAUUUUUUAAGAUACAAUCAUGUAAUCUUUCUCAAUAUAACCCUAAUCUAAUAACACAUUUUUUUUAAUGAAUCUGGGAUGAUUAGAUUUGCUUAUAUAGAUACUUUUGUUACCUAAUUAUUAGGUAACCCUAACCCUAACCCUAAUUAAUUUAUUAGGUCCUAAUAAAUUAAUUUUGAUUACAUGUUAUUCAUUUCUACCAUACCCUGAUGACUAGGUAAUAAUGCUAAUAUAAGUAUACACACUGUAGUGGGAAGCUCACAGUUUACUUUACUGUGACAAAACACAAGCUGUCAUGUAACGAAUUAUUUCUGUUUCUUUGUAGACACCCUCGGCUUCCUGUCACACCCUCUACUUGAUGUAGUAAAUGUCUUCGGUGGGCUGGUACUGUCUUCUCUUCUCCUCUGUCUUUGUGUGUUACUGGGUGCCAUCAGGCUGCUAUGCCAAUGGUAAAGUCACCACAGCCUGUGGGGGCAUGGAGCCCGAGCACGGUGCCCCGGCUCAGACCACUCAAAGUCCUUACCACCUAACAACCAACACCAGCACCUUCAGCCCCGGAGAGCAUAUCCAAGUCAAUCUAUCUGGAACAUCAUAUUUUGAGGGCUUCCUGCUUCAGGCCAGAGAUGCAGCCAAUCAGGGCUCAGCACCCACCGCCGGCAGCUUCACCCUGACCAAUCCCCACAGGACACAGCUGCUGACCUGUAAUAAGCAGCAGGGUUCAGCAGUGAGCCAUACGAGUAAAAAAAAACAGACAGAGGUUGUUGUCCUCUGGAAUGCUCCCAAAGAUGCUCCCAGUGAGGUUCAGUUUUUUGUGACUGCAGUCCAACACUACAAUGUGUUUUGGGUGAAGCUGCCUGGACCAAUCAUCUAUCGCCAUGGUGUCACACCUCGCCCACCUCAGUCAACCACUACACUUGCUCCAGUGCAGACGACCACAGCCUCUCUCCUGCCAGGACCUUUCACGUCUGGCAGCUGCGGCCAAUCGAAAUCCUGCCUGCUAGACCCUGUAGGCUGUGAUCCAAAGGAUCCUCACUGCUUCUUCUUGUCCAUGACGACUGAGGGACCAGACAAAACGUCUGUGAUGUUUGAGCUGAGUGGCCCAGCGGAGGGAUACGUGGCCUUUGCUCUGUCUUGGGACACAUUGAUGGGCAAUGAUGAUGUGUAUAUGUGUGUAAAAGAUGGGGACAGUGUCUCAGUGAGUGCUGCCUUCGUCAGUGGACGGACACAUCCUGAGGACCAGACACAGGCUGGACUUUUCUCAGUAUCAUGGCGGCUGGCAGAUGGAACCAUCCAGUGCAGGUUCAGUAGACCGGUCAAAAUGGCCAAUCAGGAAGCAGGCCGCUAUGACCUGGACCAAGAGUACUUUCUGUUUCUAACCAGCGGACAUGCUCAGUAUGGUAAAAUAUGGAAACAUAAUCAACAACCAUUAGUGUCCGUCCAGAGGAAACAUAUCACAGGCCCCUCUGAGGUACUAACAGGCUCCAGAGGACCCACCAUAAUGAAAGCGCAUGGUGCACUAAUGCUGUUAGCAUGGAUGCUAACUGGGAGUGUUGGUACCUUCAUCGCCAGUUUCUAUAAACAGGAUUGGCCAAAUCAAACUCUGUAUGGCCAGAAAGUGUGGUUCCAGGUUCAUCGAGGCCUAAUGAUGCUAACUGUGACGCUGACCAUUGUAGCCUUUACCCUACCAUUUAUCUACAGGAAAGGUUGGAGCAAGCAUGCAGGUGUCCAUCCCUACCUGGGCUGUUGUGUUGUGACAUUAACUCUGAUUCAACCAAUAACAGCUGUGUUCAGACCAAGACCUGACUCUCACAGGAGAUAUCUCUUUAACUGGGCCCACUGGGGACUUGGAUCUCUGAUUGAGAUCAUGGCAGUGGCGACCAUGUUCCUGGGUACACGUCAAUCAUCACUGCUCCUCCCCCAGCCAUGGGCGACGCAUGUUUUGAUUGGCUAUGUGACAUGGGUGGCCUCAUUCAGAUUCAUGCUUCUGAUUCACAAACACCUUCACAUCAAAAAAGCACUACGGUCAGAUGACCUACAGGAAAUCUAUUCCGACCAAUCAGAGCCCUCUACCUGGGGGUCCUUCAAAAAGUCCCUCAUCUUGGCUGCCCUGGCUUUGGGAAACUCUGGUCUCCUGGUGGCCUUGUUGUGUUCUAUUGCUGAAAUUUGAAAUAACUUUCAGGACCUUUUAAGCAAGGCUUGGUCUACAAUUAAUCAAAGCCCCAUGACAGAAAGAAAUAAUGUCAAGACUACAAACAUUUUAUUUUAAAUUAGAUCUACUUUGAUAAAUGUUUCCUUUUUGUAAUAUUCAAACGAUUUUUGUUUUAUUUCUGUAGUUUAGUUUAGUUUUUAAUGACUCUUCUGUUCCUAUAUUUAGUGGCAUUGUUAAGGUUUAACAGAGGCACUUCCAGGCCCUCGAGAAAAAACUUGAAUCAGCAAAAUAGUUUCCUACACAUGCUGUUUAAUGCUUUUCCUUUCUUUUUUGUGCAUGUUUAGUGCUUUUUGUACCAGAACACAACUUAAUAAACGCAAGUGU